GUUAUUAAAUUACCAGAAUGAAGGGUGUCAACUGUCAUAUUUUAAUCAGUUUUUAAACAUUUUAUUCUGAUCUGAUCCCUUUAUCACCUUUAACACCUACCUCAUUGCGUGAUACUCACAAUAUUGGUUUUAUCAAGAAUCCUCACAGUAAUGAUAUCGAUCUCAUGAUAAAACAAAAUGUUUUUUCGAAGACGAAGCGCGGCACCGAAAUUUUUCAUAGCAGCGGUAAUUGGAGCUGUAUUGUAUAAUGAAUUGUUUGUAUAUCAUUUACAAACCAUUUACUGGAACGUUUUGAAGUGUCCAGAAGACAACUUGUCAUGUACGAAGAUAAUGUUUAUAGCUGAUCCUCAGAUACAAGGCGAUACGGCGGUAUCGCCGCCUUUAAGUUACCUUUUUAACUGGGAUAGUGACAGGUACUUGAGGUCCACCUUUGCUGUGGCACUGAAAUAUUUCCAGCCUGAUGUGUUGGUUUAUCUGGGUGACCUCAUGGAUGAAGGCUCAAUAGCGACUAUGGAACAAUUCCAUGGCUAUGUUAAAAGGCUAUCCAAUAUAUUUCAAGUUUCUUAUCCUAUUAUUCAAGUAUGGUUACCAGGAGAUAAUGAUAUUGGUGGGGAAAAUGAACCAAUCCAAAGUGAUAAGGUGAAAGAAUUUGAGGCAGUAUUUAACCAGCCAGACAUUAUCACCUACAGAAACAUAUCAUUCUUCAAGGUUAAUGGCAUCACAUAUACCUACCCACGUGGCACUGACGAUGAUAACUACAAAAUUGUUGUUUCACAUUAUCCAGUCCUAUGGAAAACAGUAUUUGGUAAACAGGUAAAUGACGCAAUUCAACCAAAUAUUUACUUCUGCGCUCACGAACAUAAAUCGAAGUACAUAGUAAAAGACAAAGAGUUGAGGAACAUUGCGGGCCAUGCAUUGCGGCUAGAUGACGAUAUACUGACUGUCCAUAGAGAUGGUGAUCUUUAUGAGAUAUAUGUGCCCACAUGUUCCUACAGGAUGGGAACUAAUCGCAUCGGUUACGGUGCUGCUAUAGUUGAGAACAAGCAGUUGCUGCGUUACACAGUGCUGUGGUCUCCUCAAAGAUUCAUCGAUUUAUUUGUAUAUGCUGGCAUUUUGAUAGUGUUUAUUGUAUACAUUUUUGUAUUUACCUUGUCCAGAAUGAUAUUUCGAUGUAGCCCGGCUCAGAAAAGUGAUGCGACUGUACCUCUAUUGCAAAUUAUUAAUUAACUGUUAAUUAUCAAUGUACUAUUAUUAUACUCAUUUUUUUUUUAUUCUUUAGAUGAGAUAUUGAAUUUUAUGUUUUACAUUUGAUAUAAAGACAUUGACAAUAACUUAAAAUUCUGUAUGUCUCAAUGAAGAUUUUUGGUUGUUGCCAUUUUUACAUUUAUAGCAAGUAAGAAUUUGUGAGUUAAAUAAUAUAGCCAAGAUAUCUCACAGUCCAACUUAGUACAAACCGAAAUUAGAUAAUUUAUUUUAAUAUUCACUUUGUUCCGUGACAUUAUACGUUUUAUUCAGAGAAUAUGAGCUGAAAAGUACAAUUUUAAAAGGUUUUGUUGGAUUAAUGCUCCGCAACUAUAUCAAGGAAGCAAUUUUAUUUUAGUAAACCCAUUUUUAACGAUUUUUUUGACUAAUUUCAAGAAAAAUUUUCAAAUUACAUUAAGAUACAUUCCAAUAAUACAUACCAUUAUGAUAUAUAAAAGGUUGUUUUGAUAAAUAUAACUUUGUUCUUUUAUAUUAAUACAGAUAUUUUCUAUUUAUACUCUACUAUAUGUUUAUAUUAGUCUUUAGAUUUUGAGGGUACAAUGAAGUAAUUUAAUGUGUACUACUUAUCUGAGAUUUAAUGAAAUGCUCACAUACCCAAUAUUUUUGUAAUUUCCUGGAAUGGUUUUUGUUGUUUCUAUCGAUUUUAAGAUUAACAUCUUUUACGUCUGUGUAAUUUUGCAUACCCAAAUCUGAUGACUAGUAAUAAAAUUUGUGUAAAUUGAG